AAUAUAUAUAAAUGUAAAAGUAAAAAGAGCACAUACAUGAAUCCACAUUCUCCUAGAGAGUGAUCUUGAAUUUUUUAGGCAGAAUGGCCAAACACUUCUCGCAAUACACUAUUCUCGUUCUCCUCCUCCUCACAACAUCAAGUGCUCUUAUGAUUACGGUGGCAACUAGUGAAGUGUGCAACAAGGAUGGUGGUGGUGUUGGGAAUAAUUGCUCAUCAUUGCAGCAGGAAAGGUGUCGAGAAAAGUUGCGUAAGGGAGGAGGAGGGUGUGAUGAACAAUGGUGUACCAAUGCUUGUUCUCUUAAGCACCUUGGCCAGAGUGCUGAAGGAAAAUGCUUUGGCUACUAUAGGAGUCCAAGUGCUAGUUUCUGCAGUUGCACCUUCAACUGUAAAUAAUGGUGAUGUGUUGAUCAAAAUAAAGCUUACAUGAACUACAAACUAAUGUAUGAGUUUGAUCACUUUUAAAUCUAGACAAAUUAAAGUUUAAUAUUUU